GGCGACGGCUCCUUCUCCCCUGGAAGGUGGGAGGCUCCCAACCACCUGGGCUCACCUGCCAUUUCAUGGGCUGAGGUUUCCCAUGUAUGAAGUGAUCUUCAGAAAGUCGGGAUGAUAAGCCCAGGAAUGUGCUUGGGACAGUGUUUAACAGCUGCCAGCACUAGCUUAGUAUUUAUGAGAAGGAAGGCUGAUACAGCUUUUCCUUGCUCACUUAGGGAAGUCAAAGUGCAAGAUGUCCACCCGGUCCUCAGAUGUGAACCUAAGCAUGAAACUACCCGAUGGGCUGAACAGGCGUCUGGGAUCAGGAAGAGGGUUCAUAAUCACAGGGUUGGGAGCAGGCAGGGGCCAGGGAUGCCAUGAUCUUCGACGAGGAAGAGUGGAGGUGCCAGGAGGAGGGCCCCGCUAUUUCGCCUUGGUUUGGGGUGAGGCGGAGGCCUUCAGGUACCAUUUUCCCAACUGAAACCUGCAGUGAGGCCACACGCUCAGGCCAGGAGGGAAGGGCGGGGGAGCUGAGGACGGCUCCGCCAUUGCCUUCUCUCGGAGUCUGAGUAGGGCGGUCCGCUCCUGAAUUUCCCCCGGCCGCAGCGCGGACCGCCAGGCGCGCGUUCCCAGAGCGCCCGUGCGUUCCGGGUUCCGCGGAAGACCGGAAGAGGCGGGGCCACCUGGCGAGCGCGCCCCGCGUCGGCGUAGAACGUUUCCUGGGAGAGGCGUCAGAGCGGCAGCCUCAGACUGCACGUGGAUUGCUGCCCCUGGUGCCGAGGGCGCGUCUCGGGCCCGGACCCGCUUUCAGUAUCAUGGGGCGCAAGUUGGACCCGACCAAGAAGGAGAAGCGCGGGCCCGGCCGAAAGGCCCGAAAACAGAAGGGCGCCGAGACCGAGCUCGCCAGGUUCUUGCCUGCAGCUGGUGAUGAAAAUUCCAAAAGGCUGUCCAGUCGUGCUCGAAAGAGGGCAGCCAAGAGGAGGUUGGGGUCUGCUGAAACCUCUGAGAUGAAUAAGCGUCCUGGGGUCAAACCAUUACCUGGAAAGCUUCCAAAAGGAGCUCUGCAGACACCUGGUAAGAAGGGAGCCCAGUCCUUACUUAACACUGCUCGAGGCAAGAAGCGCCCAGCACCGGCCCAUAGCAGUGACGAGGAGGAGGAGGAGGAAGACUCUGAAGAGGAUGGUGUGGUAAACCAGGGGGACCUCUGGGGCUCUGAGGACAGUGAUGCUGAUAUGAUAGAUGACUAUGGAAUAGACUCCAACUCAGAGGACAAAGAUGAAGAGGAGUUGCUGCCCAUUGAAAGGGCUGCUCGGAAGCAGAAGGCCCAGGAAGCUGUUGCUGGGGGCCCGUGGAGUGAGGAGGAAACUGACGAAGAGGAGGAAGUGUCCCCUGAGUCAGGCCCCCAAAAGGAAUACGAGACAGAUGGGGGCCUGCAGAUCAACCUGGAUGAAGAGGAGCCUUUUGUGCUGCCCCCUGCUGGGGAGAUGGAGCAGGGUGCCCAGGCUCCAGACUUGCAGCGAAUUCACAAGCGCAUCCAAGACAUAGUGGGAGUGCUGCGUGACUUUGGGACUCAGCGGGAGGAAGGCCGGUCUCGAGCUGAGUAUCUGCACCGGCUUCAGCGGGAUCUGGCCACUUACUACUCCUAUGGAGACUUUCUGCUUGGCAAGCUCAUGGACCUCUUCCCUCUGUCUGAGCUGGUGGAGUUCUUAGAAGCUAAUGAGGUGCCUCGGCCCAUCACCCUCAGGACCAACACCUUGAAAACCCGGCGCCAAGACCUUGCUCAGGCGCUAAUCAAUCGUGGGGUUAACCUGGAUCCCCUGGGCAAGUGGUCAAAGACCGGACUGGUAGUAUAUGAUUCCUCAGUGCCCAUUGGUGCUACUCCCGAGUACCUGGCUGGGCACUAUAUGCUACAGGGAGCCUCCAGCAUGUUACCUGUCAUGGCCUUGGCACCCCAGGAACAUGAGCGGAUCCUGGACAUGUGUUGUGCCCCUGGAGGAAAGACCAGCUACAUAGCCCAGCUGAUGAAGAACACAGGUGUGAUCCUUGCCAAUGAUGCCAAUGCUGAGCGGCUCAAGAGUGUUGUGGGUAACCUGCACCGGUUGGGAGUCACCAACACCAUUAUCAGCCACUAUGAUGGGCGUCAGUUCCCCAAGGUGGUGGGGGGCUUUGACCGAGUACUGCUGGACGCUCCCUGCAGUGGCACUGGGGUCAUCUCCAAGGACCCAGCUGUGAAGACUAACAAGGAUGAGAAGGACGUCCUGCGCUGUGCUCACCUUCAGAAGGAGUUGCUCCUGAGUGCUAUUGACUCUGUCAAUGCCACUUCCAAGACAGGAGGCUACCUCGUCUACUGCACCUGUUCCAUCAUGGUGGAAGAGAACGAGUGGGUAGUAGACUAUGCCCUGAAGAAGAGGAAUGUGCGGCUGGUGCCCACAGGUCUAGACUUUGGCCAGGAGGGCUUUACCCGCUUUCGAGAAAGGCGCUUCCACCCCACUCUGCGUUCCACUCGCCGCUUCUACCCCCACACCCACAAUAUGGAUGGUUUCUUUAUUGCCAAGUUCAAGAAAUUCUCCAAUUCUAUUCCCCAGUCCCAAACAGCCCCAGGAAAUUCUGCAACAUCCACCCCUACAAACCCAGAUGUGCCUGACCUUAAAGGCCAGGUGACCCCCAAGCCUGAGAGCAGCAGCAAGCCUGCCAAGAAGGCCAAAGGGGCUGUGAAAGCAGAGUGGCACUUGCAGAAACGGCAACGUCCCAAGAAGACCUCCUUCCAGAAGCAGAAUGGUAUCCCCAAAGGGGCAGACUCUGAAUCGUCCACUGGACCUUCUGUCCCAAAGGUCCAAGCCUCCUCCAAGCUCCAGGGUAACAGGCAGCCAGCUGAAAAGGCCGUAGUGAUCAGGAAACCCAAGGUGACUGGGAAACUAAAGCAACUGUCACCUAAACUGCAGUCUUCCAAGAAAGUUGCCUUCCGGAGGCAGAAUGCUCCUCUCAAGGGCAUGGAUACAGAGAUGCCCUCAGGGCUGUCCCUCUCCAAGCCUCUGGCCACUUGGAAGCCUGAGAACUGUGUUCAGCCCCAAGGGGCUGAGAAGGUAAAGCAGCAGGUGCCACAGAAGCCUUCCAAGAAAGCUGCCUUCCAGAAACAGAAUGGCACCUCCGAGGGACCCCAGACUCCUACCAUGUCCCCCCUUAGUGCCAGCCGACCCCCACCAGCAAAGAGGAGAAAAUCUCAGUCCAGAGGCAGCAGCCAGCCACUGCUGUCUUAGAUACUUGGGUGAAAUGAGACUGGGGUGCUCCUUGCUGUUGUCCCUGGGUUGGAACUCUUGCCUCUGUGAGGAUGGCUUUCCCACUCUGCAUAUGAAGUUUAAUAUACAUUUUGCAAUCUC